UUUUUUUGUGGCUUUUUUUUUGUGAAGAAGGGCAGAAAAUGGCGGCUUUUCACCUUCCUGGCAUUGAGGACACCGAGCUAGAACUAUUAUUGAGUGAAAUGGGCUGGGAUCCUCGCUAUGCUUCUCCUGCACUCGACCCUUACACCAAAGAGCUGAUGGAGACGGUUCAUGAAGCACAGAUGAAGCUUCUGCAUCAGCACAACUCUAAAAAGGAAACAGUAGAGUUACAGGAGCAGACGACUGAAAAACUCAAACGUAUGAAGGUACAACUGGCUGACACUGAGGCUCUGAUCAAGGCAAACACACAAGAAAUGGAGGUGGGGAAGCAUCUGUCAGCCCUCACCGAGAGAGAGUCGUGUCGCUUCGCUCAGCUGACAGCUCAGACUGAAACAGAGCUCAGGUCUACAGAUGAGAGGAUAGACAUAUUAGAGAAAGACUUGUUCAAGCAACAGCAGAAGCUUGAAGAACUCAGGCUUCAGAUGGACUGGGACCAGCAGCAGAUGGAUAACUUCUUAAAGGAAUCAGCUGAAAAGGAUGACGACCUAAUGACCAUCAUCAAAUAUUCCCAGCAGGAUGAACACAGGAUCAAGGAACUCACUCUGGCCUUAGAGAAGAAGUCCCUGGAGGCCAAUGAAAAGCGAAAAGCCGUCGACAAAGAGCUAACAGAGACUAGAUCUGCAGAGUUAGCUUUGGCCAAGACCUUAGAAAACAUAGAGCAGACUCGCUCUGAGAUCCAGCAGCUCUUCAAUCAAUGUGAAAACACCAUCAAGCAGAAAAAGCAACUGGACUCCAAUAUGCAACAAUGCGCUUUGCAUCUUGCUCAAGGCAAGCAGCAAAUAUGGGAAAGGAAUGCCAGCAUUACAGAGCUGAAGCACAGGUUGGAUACGGAGAUGAAGAACAACGAGGAGCUUCAGAGGAACAUCGCAGCAAAAAAGAGGCAGGGGGUGAUAUUACAGCAGCAGCUGAAGGAGCAGGAGGACGACAUUGGCAGGAUGCAGGAUGAGCUCAAAAGCAGCAAAGUCAUGCUGGACGGAAACCUGUCCGAUGUCAGGUUUAUGAAAUCCCAAAUAUCCAGAAUGAAGAAAGACAUCGCACGCAACGAUGAAAAAAUAAAGGAGGGUGAGGUUUACAAUGCUGCUCUGGAGGAGAAGCUGAGGAGUGUGAUCCAGACUGCUCUCAAUGAGGAGGAGAGAGCUGCUCAGAUGGAGCAGAUGAUUAAGGAAACUGAUCAGGCCAUCAAGAAGUUGGAAGUUCAGCAAAAUUACCUGAUGGAGGAGCUAUUCCGCCAGAAACACCAGUUCAAGCUCCUCAAAGAGAAGGAGAAGAGUCUCACCACCCAGAUUUCGACGAAGAAAUUCACCACGUCCAGCUUGCAAAAAGAGCUCACUAAGCUGGAGAAACAACAGACUGAUCAGCAGAUGAUCAUGAACAAACAGGUCGUUAAGAUACAUUGGCUGCAACUCCAAUUAGCCAAGCUGAAGGGUGACGUUCAUGAGGAUGAGAAAGAGGUGUUGGAGACGAGGCUUGGUGAGCUGAAAAAAACUCUGGAGGAAAAGAAAUCGACAGCCAAAAGUCUUAAGAGUGCGCUUGGGGACUGUGAGGCUAAUAUACACUUUAUGAGGAAGGAGAUGGAGAAGUCAGAGGCCCUGAAGAGAGACCUGUCUGACAGGGUCCAGGAGAAGGACCAAGUUUCUGAAUAUCUCAAAAAGGAGUUGAAGAAGCUGCAACUGAAAAACAUGGAUGUGAAAGUGGAGAACAACGUCUUACGGAGAGAAGUUGGGCGUGUCCGGGAUCUCGUCUACGUAGAGGCAGAAAGCAUGCUGUCCCUGGAGAUGAGGAAGUUAGAGCUGGAGAAAGUCAUGCAAGAGAGGGAGCAGGAGAUUAAAGUUUACACAGGAAUGCUCAGACAGCAGCUGAAGAUUACUGAGAAGGACAGGCAGCAUCUGAGCAUGGAAUUAAAUGAAAAACUGUCCAAAAUUGACAAGAUGAAGAAACGUUUUGAAGCCAUGGAAAAAAAUAUGACUGGUCCUGAGGAGAAAUACCAGACUUGCAUCACUAAGGCUGUGCUAGAGAAAAUGGAACUUCAACAGAAAACAGAUGAAAUAGACGCUCAAGUCCGCAAGAUGGAGCUCGAAACUAAAGCCCUCCAGAACACUGUGCAGCUGUUCACUGAUGGCUCCUCCUUCUUUCACAGUCUUCUCAACAAAGCAACGAAAUGCUGUCCAGAGUAUCAGGAAAACGAGAAGCAACAGGAGGAAAUGAAGGCCACCGAGGAAAAGCUGAAGUUAAAGAAGCAAGAAGUUUGUUCGCUACGCGAGGAAAUCCAGUUCACCAAACUGACCAAAGAUAUCCGCUCAGCAAGAAACACCAAAAACGAGACUCUGGAGGAGCAAGAUCUGAAACUGAGAGAGUUAAAUGAAUUCAAUAGCACCAUCAGAAAGAUGGUGAAUAAGGCCAUAGAGGAGGAUCCUGAGCUCAGACCUGUGCUGGAGCAACACUUUAAACAGGCCAGCCUGCCCCUUCCAUCUCCUUCCUCCGUCCUCGGUAGUCAGCGGAGCUCCAAGAGGAGCUCUCCUCGCAUCCCCUCGUCUCUCAGCUCUCCUGAAUCUGCAGCAGGCAGCGGCUCUGAAGCUUGUGCAGCUUCCUCUCCUCGGGUGACAACUUUGAGUCUGGACCUGGACCUGAGCGGUGCCUCUGCUUCUCGCACUCCUCCUAAAUGUCCCGCCUCUGCAAGCAGUGAAGGCAGCAGCAGAAGCAGGAAGAAAUAGACCUAAUUGGCCAAUUUUCUGUUUUAAUUUAAGCUUUUAGCUAACAGCUUUUAACAGUUUGUUGAUUGACACAAUUUAUAUGUCUGUUUGUUCCAGAGUGACAUUAAUAAAAACAAAA